GAACAUGACUAUAGCCGCAUAAUAUUUGUAGCCCACCAUGUCUGGAAGGCCGGUGCCAUGGGCGAGCUGGGAGGAAUGGAAUGCACUGCGCGAGGACCUAUGGAGCGGCGACGCGCAGCGGCAGGAGGCUGGCUUGCAGCAGGUGUGCGCCUGGCGGCUGCGCGGCAAGCUGCCCCUGGGCGUGGACUCCACCGCCCUGCUACUGGACGCGGCGCGGGCCGACCAGGACUGGCAGCGCGGCGUGGCCUGGGCCGCGGAGGCGGAGGCACAGGCAGCCGCGGCGGCGGAGCGCGCCGCGGCAGCGGCCCGACACGCGCACCAGCAACAGCAGCGGGCCUCCGCUGCUGCUGUUGCACCAGCGGCCGCGGCUGACGCCGCCGCCGCUGCCGCUGCGGCUGCCGCUGCCGCGGAGGCGGAGGCGGAGGCGGCUGGCGCCGCCGGUGCGGCGGCUCGGGCUCAGGCGGCAGUAGCCGCAGGGGAGGUGGCUCUGCGGCUGCGCUACAGCCUGCCGCUGGUGCGUCUGGUCAACGGCAUCAGCGACAGCCAGCAGCGGGGCCGGGUGGCGUCCAGUGUGGCGGUGCUCAGCGACGCCGCGGGCCUGCCGCGCGCGCUGGUGGACGUGCGGCACGAGGCCACGCACAACGAGCUGCCCAGCCUGCCGCUGCUGAGGGCGGCGGCGGACAGCGGGCUGGACUGGCUGCGGGACAGCUACUGGGACGGGCAGGCGGCGGCGCUGGCGGCGGCGGCGGCCCGCAUCGGGGCACUUCUGGCGGCGCUGGCGGACAGCUGGCGGGCGGCGGCGGCGGCGGGGCUCAGCGGCGGCGGCGGCGCGGCCUCGGACGACGACGAUGAUGAAGACGAGCUGGCCUCAGCCGCCACGGGCGCUGCUGGUGCCUCUGCAUCCGCCGCCGGCGCCGGCGCUGCUGGUGCUACAGCCUACAGCGGCGCGGAGGGUCAGCGCGUUCGCAAGGAGGCGUUGAGCGAGCUGCGCGGCCUGGUGCCGCCCGCCUUCACACACGAGCUGCUACAGCCGCUGCUGGACUGCCCGCAGCUACUGCCGCCCGAGCCGCCCGCGGCUGUGGCGGCUGCGGCGGCUGCUGCGGCGGCCCCGGCGCUGUCGCAGCAGCAGCAGAGGCAGCAGGCAGCGGAGGAGAUGGCUUGGAAGUCGGUGAUGCAGCAGCUGGCCAAGUGGUACCCCCGGCUGCGGCCGCUGCUGCUGCAGGCAGCACUCAGCCGCCUCACAGCACUGGCGGCAGCUGGGGCGGCGGCGGCUGGGGUGGCGGCAGCAGCAGCAGCAACGGAAACGUCGGCGCCAGCGCCGGCGGCGUGGAACUGGCAGGGGCCUCCGGGCACGGGGCAGGCGGCGGCGGGACUGGGCGGCAGCGGUGGCGGCCAGGAGGAGGGGCGGGCUGCGCGUGCGUGUGCGCGCUGGGUGCGGCGCCUGCUGCCGGCGUCGGUGUGGGCGCAGCAGCAGCAGCAGCAGCAGCAGGUGCAAGGCGCAGGGGCAGCAGGCAGGUCUCCUGGGCCGCCCGGCGGCCUCACACCGGGCGGAGGCGGAGGCGGGGCUGCAGGUGGCGGAGGCGGCAAACGGAAACAGGCGCAGGCGGGCAGUGGCGGAGGCACUGGUGCAGCUGGUGGCGGCGAGGGGGCGGGGGUUGAGGCGGCGCUGGACGGGCCGCUAGGUGUGGAGCAGCUGCAGGAGCUGCUGCGGCUGGCGGCGGGCGGCGGCAGCGCAGGGGCAGCAGCGGACGCAGGCGGAGGCAGUGGCGGAGGCUCGGGGGCUGCGACAGUUGCGGGGGCAGCGGCAGGGGCAGGGCCAGGGCCAGGCGGCGCCAAGGUGACUGUGGCGUCGCAGCUGCUGCAGGAGCUGACAGCGCUGCUGCGUGCCGCGCUGGAGGCGGCCCAGGGCCCUGCCAUGGCCGCGGCGGCGGCGGCAGCCGCAGCGGCGGCAGCGGGGGUGCCUCUGUCGGGCCGCGCGGCCAAGCGGCAGCGGCAACUGCUCAAGCAACUGGGUGGCAACGGCGGCGGCGGCGCCAGCAGCAGCGCUGGCGGCGGCGGCGGCGUCUAUGGCGGCAGCGGCGCAGCAGACGGCGGCGCCGGCGCCGACGGCUCCCAGCGGCCGCGGUGGAGCCGUGUGGAGGGCUGGACCCGCGCCGCCAUCGGCUGCCUGCCCUGCCCGCUCAACCCCAACGGCCGCAUGCCGCCGUUGGCCGGCCCGCCGCCGCCGCCGCAUCUAGCGCUGGCGCCGGGGCUGGCGCCGGACCCGGGCUGGGGGCCGGCGGCGGCUAGCUCUGGGGGCGGGCACCCGGGGGCGCCGUACGGCUCAGCCGGGGCAGGGGGCCCAGUGGCCACGGGUGCGGGUGCGAGGUCUGCGACGUUGGGUGCAGGGUCGGUAGCAAUGGACGUGGAUGUGGACGCUGCGGCUGCGGGCUGGUGCCUGCCGCCCGAGGAGCUGGAGGAGGAGCUGGCGGCGGGGGACGUGGGAGUGGAGGAGGCAGACGGGGUGGAGGUGGGGGCGGAGGAGGUGCAGGGGGGGCCGGAUGCGGAGGCGGGGGCGGAGGCGGAGGCGGAGCAAGGGGCAGCCUACAACGCCGAGGCCGGCACCGAGCCAGGGGAGGAGGAGGACGACGAGGAGGAGGGCGAGGAGGAGGAGGGUGAGAAGGAGGGGGAGGGGGAAGGGGAAGAGGAGGCAGAAGAGGAAGGGGAGGAGGAUGAUGAGGGGGAGCAGCCGGAAGCUGAAGCAGGCAUUGGCGUGCGCGCCGCGGUGGCGGCCGUGGGCUGGUCGGCAGCAGCUGGCGAUGGCGGGCAAGGCGGCGCUGAUGCUGGUGCGGGUGACGGGGGCGGCGAGGGAGGUGAUGCGGGGGCCACAGGCGCAGGCGCUGGUGUAGGGGGCGGCCUGUUUGGCGCGCUGCUGGUGCGGGUGCGCGGCGGCUCGGCAGAGCUGGAGGGGGCGCCGGGGCAGCAGGGCGCAGGGCAGCAAGGGCAGGAAGGGGAAGAUGAGGCGGAGGAGGAGCAGCAGCAAUGGCAGGCGGCAGGGCUGUUCGGCGGAGGUGGCGGCGGGGCGGCGGCGGGUAGCAUUGGAUUCCUGCUGUGAGUGCGAGGGACUUGACUGUGGGGCUGCGAGCCGGACACCCGGCUCCGCCGACUGGCCGGGGCUCCAUGUGCAAGCCCCUGAGCCUGUGUGCGCCCGCUUGUGAGUUAUGAAGUGCAUCGUCCGUUAUACUUGUUGUCGGUAACCUCCACUGGUCGCCAAUAAGGACAU